GCUCAUGCAAAAGUCUGGCAUAAUUAUGACCAACAUUUUCGACCCCAGCAGAAAGGGUUUUUAUCAAUCACGUUGGGAUCUCACUGGAUUGAACCCAAUAAAAUCAACAACCAAUCAGAUAUUGGAAAGUGUCAGCUGUCCAUGCAGAAAGUCCUGGGCUGGUUUGCAAAGCCAAUACACGGAGAUGGCGAUUACCCAGAAGAGCUGAAGACGGAACUUGCCUCCCUCCUCCCAAAGGCCACUCCAACCGAAAAAAAGCAUUUUAAAGGGACGGCUGAUUUCUUCGCCUUUUCUUUCGGGCCAAAUAAUUUUAAACCUUCAAGCAAGCUGCCCCAAAUGGGACAGAAUUUCUCCCCCGACUUGAGGGCCGCUCUGAACUGGAUUAAAGUGGAAUAUGACAACCCCAAGAUCUUGAUCGCCGAAAACGGGUGGUUCACCGACAAAGAUGUGAAAACAGAAGAUACUACGGUUAUUUACAUCAUGAAGACCUUUAUUAAUAUGGUUUUGCAAGCUAUUAAAUAUGAUCGGGUCGAUGUCUUUGGUUACACGCUUUGGUCACUCUUGGAUGGAUUUGAAUGGCAAGAGGCCCUCAACACCCGGCGAGGUUUGUUUUACAUAGAUUUCGAGAGUGAAGAGAAGGAGCGGAUCCCCAAGUCAUCUGCAUUUUAUUAUAAGGGAAUCAUUCAGGAGAAUGGCUUCCCUGCUGAAGAACCAAACCAGACUUUGCAAGGCCAGUUUCCUUGGGAUUUCUCCUGGGGCAUCACAGAAUCCGUUAUCAAGGCUGAACCCGUUGCUUCUUCUCCUCAGUUCUCUGACCCUAACCUGUAUCUCUGGAACGUUUCUGGAGACGGAAAAUUCCACCAGGUGAAGGGCGUGAAAUUGAAAAACCGGGCAGGUCAGUGUACCGACUUCAUCAGCAUUAAAACACACCUUCAGCUGCUAUCAAAAAUGAAGGUCACUCAUUACAGGUUCGCCUUCAAUUGGUCACUGCUCCUCCCCAGUGGCGACAUGUCAUCCCUUAACAGCCACAACCUGCGGUAUUACCGAUGUCUGAUUAGCGAGAUGCUCAAACUCAACGUGAAGCCCGUGGUCACCUUGCACUAUCCGACCCAUCAGUCCUUAAGCCUGCCAGGUCCUUUACUUCAACACGGCGGAUGGUUGAAUCAAUCCACCGUCCGGGCGUUUAGAACGUACGCCGAAGUGUGCUUCCAGGAAUUUGGAGACCUAGUUAAAUUCUGGAUCACCAUCAACGAGCCGAAUCGUUUCGGUGAAAUUUACAACAGCAGCAGCAACGACACUUACCGAGCAGCUCACAAUUUGCUGAUCGCUCAUGCCUCGGCUUGGCAGGUCUACGAGAAACAUUAUCGGUCUUUCCAGUGGGGUCAGGUGUCUCUGUCCCUGCACUGUGAUUGGGCAGAGCCUGCUAACCCUUACCUCGCUAACCAUUUGGAACCGGCCAAUCGGUUCCUCCAGUUUGAAAUAGCCUGGUUUUUAGAUCCUCUGCUGAAGACGGGCGACUACCCAGUGGCCAUGAGAAAAUACCUCGGUUACAAAAAGCGCAAAGGCCUUUCCAGUUCGUUUUUGCCAUUUUUUACAGAGGAGGAGAAGCAGCUCGUCAAAGGGGCUGCCGAUUUCAUCGCCGUGAAUCAUUUCACCACUCGAUUUGUGAUCCACGAGUCGAAGAACGGGAGCCGGUAUGACUGGGAUCAGGACAUUAAAUUCAUUCAAGAUAAGACCUACGUAAUGCCCCCCGUUCGCUCCGCAGUGGUGCCUUGGGGGUUACGCAAAACCCUGAACUGGAUCAACCGUCAUUACGGCGAUAUGGAUAUUUAUGUCACCGCGAGUGGGAUCGAGGAUCAGGCUAAAGACAAUGACGAGCUCCGUAAAUACUACAUCGAAAAAUAUGUGCAGGAAGCUUUUAAAGCUUACCACAUCGACAAAGUCAACCUCAAGGGCUACUUUGGAUUCAAGCUAACGGACGUAGCCAAACUCAAAAUUGGGUUCUUCACUUCCGAAUUCCAAGCCAAAGCGUCCGUCCAGUUCUACAACCGGCUGAUCUGCAACAACGGCUUCCCCAUCGAUCCCACAAACAAAUGCGGACAGCCAACGGAAUCGGCCUCCUGCCCCUUCUGCUUUCUCCGCGUUCUGGAAAAGCCCCUGACAUUCCUGGGAUGCUGCUGUUUGGCUACCCUAAUAAUGAUCCUAAGCAUGGCUGCUUUCCAGAAGCAAAAGAAAAAGAGACGAGAUUGGUCAAAAUACUUCCAGCACUUCGGCCCUUCUGUGAAAACUAAACCUAAGAAAGUUCUCAGCCAAAUAUAGAAUCAUUUUCUUUGUCCGCUUAUCAACGGGGAUCAGAAAAAUGAGUGGAAAUUAGUGGAAACACUUAUUAUUGUCUCAGUAAUAUACUUAUGACUGGAAUGCCAAAUUCAGGAUUCUGACACAAGAGCCACACUUUGGUUUUUGUUUUUUUUACAAGGGCUCAUUCUACAUUCUUAUUCCACACCUUAAAACAUUUCUUCGCUGUUUUACUACGGAGAAAAUGGGUUUCCGGUCAACUAGCCUUAUUCACUUUCUUCAGGCUCUACAGAUUAUACAACCCAGUCCCAUGGAAGCUAUUUAACCUAUUGGAUAUCUUGCACCUUCUCCAUGUGAAAGCAAACUAUUAAAAAAAAAUAUGCCUGUUGGUUAAUUGUUUUAAUUAGAAUUCAACCAAAUGUC